AAGAAAGAAAAACUAGCACACAGAUUCUCUAUGCCGAUUGAUGAGCUUUUAUUGUGUGAAUCUCCAAUUGCAAUUAGCUAUUGAAAAAAUGAUACUGUGGUGGAAUUACAGGUGAGAGAGAAGUUUAGAGAAAAAAAAUGAGCUAUCGAGCACUUGAGCUGUUUAAUACGAAGGAGCUGAUCGUGUAUAAAAGUUGUGAUUGAACUUCUCAUGGAGUACAGAAUCAAUUGAGCAAGUGCUAUGAUCGGAUUGUCCAUCCUCGCAAUUAAUGCUACUGUGUGAUUUCGGUUUUAUUGAAAACGCUCAAAGAAAAAACGAUCCGGAAGGUGUUCAUUUCUUUAGAACAAAUCUGAAACUCAGUAUCGUGUGCUUUAACCUGUUGUCACGUGCGGGCUGUUUCUUUAGUGUUAAACCGUGUGAAAGAAAAAAAAAGCUUGAAUAUGUGUUAUGAAUUUUAAAUGCAAGUGAGAAACUUUUGCAAAGAUAUUGAAAAAAUUUGCAAUUUAAAAUGAUCUGUCUGAAAAUAAAAGUGUUGGACAAUUGAGUGAUAAUUCUGCAAAGAGUAAAUUUAUUCAGAAACUACGUAGAACUUUGUAGGACAUUCCAUUUACAUCUUCAUUGUUCUAGAUAUUGAAAGUGUCUCAAGUGUCUGCAUUUCUGCAGAAAUAGGAAAAAAUUUUCCAAGAAAACGGAAAUAAGUGACGGAAGAAGUGAAAGGGUCUGAGGAAGAAGAAAAAAAAAUUCAGGAGAUUGAUAUCAAAUCAGACAUUUAGCAUAACACUUUGCAAGGUUCACUCAAAGUCUCGUGUGGGAAUAUCGAAAGCUCUUUUUUGUGUUUAUUGCUGUCACAUUGCUAUUCCAAAUGUUCUUUUGGGCGCCAAUGAAGCGUGAUAUUUUGUGAGAAUUUUGUAUGUGUCUCUAUAUCAGACAAAAUAGAGUGACAUACAAUCUGGAUGUGAUAAAAAAGUCGCACGGUAAUCUCAUUCCGGCCCCAUAAAUUUCCACCAUUCGACCACUAAGCACCAUCCUCCAGCUAUAUUUGGGGAUUAUUUGGGAUUAAGCAGCGGAUCGCGCAGCGAUAAAAGGAAAAGGUGUUGCUCGUGUGGGGGUGUCAUAAAUCAGUUGGGGGAAUAUGGAUGAGAAGACACAGUCGUCGCCACCGGGUGGUCUCUUUGGUGUACGACACCUGCAGACAUUCCUCCUCUUCCUCUGCCUCACAAUCGCCUACGCCAUGCGUGUCAACUUGUCCGUGGCAAUUGUCGCGAUGGUGGACAGAAAUUCCACUAAUCCCAACUUUGAGGAAUACGAUUGGGAUGAGAAGACUCAGUCUGUGAUUCUCAGCAGCUUCUUCUGGGGCUAUAUUGUGACCCAGGUGCCGGCUGGUAAACUCGCUCAGACAUAUGGAGCAAAGAUAAUGCUGAUCUUUGCCAUGGCCAUUUGUUCAGCUCUGAAUAUUCUAACACCCUUUGGAGCAUCUUACGGUGGAUGGAAGGUUGUAUGUGCCUCCAGAGUGCUCCAGGGACUUUGUCAAGGAUUCAUUUUUCCCUCCACCCACACCCUCCUGUCCAAAUGGGCGCCAGUAUCUGAAAGGGGAAAGCUCAGCACAUACUGCUACUCAGGCUCCCAAUUUGGUACGGUGAUAAUGCUCUCGGCAAGCGGAUUUCUGGCUUCUUCUUUUCUCGGCUGGCCGAGUGUUUUCUAUGUGGCAGGAUUUGCUGGAAUAUUCUGGUCAAUUCUGUGGUAUUUCUUUGGGGGAAAUUCACCAUCAGAGUUUAAGAGUAUCUCGCCGGAGGAGAAGGAGUUUAUUGAGAAGUCCCUCAAUGUUGACACAAGUGAAAAGGCGGAAAAGAGGAGUACUUCAACCCCCUGGUUGGCUAUUUUCACCUCAAUGCCCUUCCUCUCGUUGAUGCUGGUACACUGUGGACACAACUGGGGCUUCUGGACCCUCCUCACCAAGAUUCCAACUUAUAUGAAGAAUGUCCUCGACAUGGACAUCAAACAAAAUGCUCUUCUAUCAUCACUGCCCUACUUGGCCAUGUGCCUCAUGAGCUACGUCUUUAGUUACCUGGCUGAUGUCCUAUCCAAGAGGGAAGUCAUCCCUCUCAGUGUCAGUCGGAAAUUGUUCAACAGCAUCGGUCAUCUUAUUCCUAUGUUCGCCCUCGUGGCCCUGGGAUAUGUUACCAAGGACAAUGUAGAUUUGGCAGUAGGACUCCUCACAAUUGCCGUAGGAAUCAAUUCAGCCACUUAUUUGGGCUUCCAGGUGAACCAUAUAGAUUUGGCUCCAAAUCAUGCUGGUGUUCUCAUGGGCAUUACCAAUGGUGCAGCCAAUGUUAUGUCAAUUAUUGCACCGCUUCUCGUGGGCUUUGUUGUGCAGGAUCCGACUGAUCCCUAUCAGUGGAGAUUGGUGUUUUUCAUCUCAGCCGCAAUCUAUCUCGUGGGUAAUACGCUCUUUGUAAUUUUUGGACGUACGGAAAUUCAAAAGUGGAAUGAACCAGAGCCAAAACACUCAAUGACUACCAAAGAGAAGGAAAUUGAAGAGGGAAGAUGCCAAAAGUGAUUUGCAUUUACAAUUUAAUUUCUUUUACAUAUUUAAAUUAUUAUUAUGUUUUUCUUGUCAAAUAUCCUGCUUUUGCCUAGUGUAACUAUAUAAGUCCUAAUUUGUAAACUACAAACAACUCUAAUAAGUUUCUGAUGUGUUAAAUAAGAAAGACAUUCUGCUGACUUUUA